GUCUACGUCAUACAACUGACUAUUUGAAUGGUCCAAUUUCGUAUGGCUGCAGUUACUGGCUCCUCUUUUCUUCUCGAGUGCGAUGAAGCAUUCUGGAGGAAUGAAGUCGACUGCAAGUCGUGCAACAGGCUUUUACUGAAGCCUUGCUGUUGUGGCCUGUCGAUGAGAGAUCACCGUGAUCAUUGUAGAACGUGUGGACACGUCGUCUGUAGAUCAGAGUCUUGUUCGCGAGUUGUCAGCGCGCUCAAGACCGGAAACAAGACACAUCAUGGGGCCAAAAUAAUACGCGUCUGCGAUUACUGCUGGCUCUUCCAUUUUGUUUCCUUCGAUCCUACCCAUACAGACAACGUAGUGCGAGGUGAUACAUUCAACAAGAGACAGAGAAAACAUGAUGGAAAAACGACUGGUGAACGUCUGGUAUGGUUAACAGUGGAACCCGGAAGUGUACCGGUCGUUAGUCUUUGUUGGCGAAAGUUAAGAUCUAGAAAAACUAGAAGAAGUUCUAAUAGUAUCGAUCUCUCAAAAGUGAGUGAGGUCUCUGGACAGUCUAGACCCGCAAUUCAUAAAUUUACUAGUGCAUCUGGGGAAAUAUCGAGUCAGUCUUCCCCUGUGUAUGUCAUAUGGCUAGAUGGACAGCUCGGCUUGCUUAUAUUUGAAACAACAGUGAAGGAAACAUACCACAGAUGGCUGAGAGCACUGCAAGCAGUACAUCAUGUAAUUGUUUCUAAUAAAGAGAUGAAGGCAUCGAUGAGACAACGAGAAAGGACAGAAAAACGUGUCAAGCUGAAGGAAAAACAAAAGAAAUAUUUUUCAUACCAGAGUGUGUAAGAUUUUGCAAACUUUAGUGUACAGUACUCUUCUUGAUCAAAUACGUACCUGCAGUUUAGCUGGAGUAUGUAGCAGCUUAAUUAUUUAGUGACCCUGGUUAUGAAGGAGACAGGGUUGUCUAGUUGGAACUGCAACAGACUAUAAUAAUUAUUGUAAGUGUUAUUGUUAUUCUCGUCUAUUGCACCCAAGGUCAUAGCAGUCCUCUUAAAAUUUUAAGGGGCAAAAAUAAAAUGACUAGCGAA